AUGAACUGUCUCGAGCAAAAGGACUUAUCUUUCGAUGUAACCAGAAAGUUAUACCAGAGAAACUGCAAAAGCAAUUCAAGGACGAAACAGAUGCUACGGGUAAAAUACUGGUUCCCAGACAACGGUACGGUUGAAGAUACUAUAUCAAGUUGCUACCAGUGCCAGAUCACCACUGUUGAACGUAAACAGGAGCCAGUGAAACCAUCUGAGAUACCUAAAACAGCUAUGCAUGCACUAUCGGCUGUUUUAGGAGGACCACAUCCAGAUGGUCACUGCAACCUUGUAGUGACAGAUAAAAGAACCAGAUACUUUUUCGUUGAACAGACAACAUCGACAACCAGCCGGGUUACUUGUGACAAAUUGGGAACCAUUUUUGCAAUACAUGGAAUACCAGAGAGAUUGGAAAUUGAUAAUGGAUCCCCUUUUAAUUCUGCAGAUAUUAAACAUUUUCUGAAAAAAAAGGCUUCCGACACCAGAGUAGUGCCAGAACAUCCCAGAGCAAAUGGGGAAGCAGAAAGUUUUACAAAGACUGCUCCAAACAGAACAGAAGAGAGAGUACGCAGAGAACAACAGGGACAGGACAGAAUUACGAAAAACAAAGAAGUGGAAGUGAUCCAAGAGGAAAACGAAAAUUAA